CGAUAAUUUAGUCGUUUUUGAUGCUUUGUAUCAAUAUGAAGAUUAUAUUAAAUAUUAUUACUAAUUUAUUGCUUUCUAUCAUUUUGGUACAAGCUGAUAUCAAAAGAGAUUGUCGAAAAAAAACUGGUGUCUCAUGGGGUUCAUUAAUGAAGCUCAAAGCAGCGGAUUAUAAUCAAGAUGAUCAACAAUUAAAGUGUUACUUAUUGUGUUUCAUGCAAAAAAAUGGAAUAUUUGAUAAAGACGACAUUAAUGUUGAAAAAGCUUUACGGCAUUUACCGAGAGGAGUUCAAGGGCCGUCGAAAAAAACAUUAGAAUAUUGCAAAAAAAUCCCUAGUAACGAUACAUGUGAUAAAGCGUUUCAACUUGCUAAAUGUUACUUCAAAGCUCAACCAGAGGUGUUGAAAACUGUAUCAUUUGUUUGAGAAUAUGUAAAGAGAAAACAUAAUAAAAUAACAUUUAAAUUGGUUUCUGCGCGAAAAGUUUUAUGAACCAGAC